AUGGGUAACAUUCAGUCACGUUUUUCUGGCUUCAGACGUACACGUUCUGCUGGUCGAGGUACCAGUAGUAAGGCUCGCAAAAAUAAAAGAAGCGUUAGUAUUUACACAAAUGGGGCAAAUAAAUUUAUUUCAGAGAAAAUUCCAAACGAAAACACUGUAUCGGAUGCUUGUUUAACCGUUGAAAUCAUUGAAAAAUUCUCUGAUGAAUUUAACGCGGAGCCCAAGAAUCGAUUGGCUUUGAAUGCAGUUACAGCAGAAGAUAUGACCAAAGUUUUGCUAAGUCGCGAGGUUACCAUCAAUGAUACUCAUGUUUUCUCAGAAAGAAUAGAACUGGAAGCCAAAGUGACAAAUCAAAAAUCUUCUGGAAGAUGUUGGUUGUUUGCCGCUACCAACGUGAUGAGAUUGAUUCUUAUGAAAAAAUAUAAUAUUGAUGACUUGGAAUUAUCUCAACCGUAUCUCUUCUUUUAUGAUAAACUUGAGAAAGCUAAUUUCUUUUUGGAAAGUAUGAUUGGACUUGCCGGCGAAAAAUCUACCGAUUCGCGCUUGCUUCAAUACUUGCUACGCGAUCCAGUUAACGAUGGUGGUCAAUGGGAUAUGAUUAUUAAUCUAUUAGGGAAAUACGGUGUCGUUCCCAAAACGGCAUUUCCUGAAAGUUUCAACUCCUCCAACUCGUAUAGAGUAGACACGAUACUCACAUCUAAACUUCGAGAAUUCGCCCAUCAAAUACGACAGUUGCAUGCACGUGGACACAGUAGCAGUUCGUUGCGUCAUGAAAAAAUUAAAAUGAUGGAAGAUGUAUACCGUAUUUUGGCAAUUUGCCUUGGCGAGCCACCAAAACGUUUUGAUUGGUCUUUCCGUGACAGGGAAGGAAAAUAUCACCAGUUUCCUAAUUUGACACCAAAGAAAUUCUACGAGGAUGUCAUUGGAUAUAACGCAGACGGGACCUUCUCAUUGGUUAAUGAUCCUCGUAAUCCUUACCUUCGAUUAUAUACUGUCGAAUAUCUUGGAAAUGUUUGCGAUGGUUAUCCAAUUAGAUAUGUUAAUAUCCCGAUUGAUAAAAUGAAAAAACUUGCGAUCCAAGUCCUUCGUUCGGGAAAGCCUGUUUGGUUUGGUGCAGAUGUUGGAAAAUUCUCACAUAAUACAUUGGGUAUUCUGGAUAACAAGGUUUACGACUUUGAACUUGCUUUCAACAUAAAAUUUGGCUUGAACAAGGAGCAAAGAUUACGUUAUUGUGAAAGUUUGAUGACUCACGCGAUGGUCUUUACUGGUGUACAUCUUGAACAUGAUAAACCAAUUCGAUGGCGUGUAGAGAAUUCAUGGGGUGAAGAUCGAGGUCAAAAAGGAUACUUCGUAAUGUCAGAUGAUUGGUUCAGUGAGUGGGUCUACCAAAUUGUCAUGGAAAAAAAUGAUGCGCCUAAAGAAUUGGUUGCUGUCUUGGAUCAGGAUCCCAUCACUUUGCCUGCAUGGGAUCCAAUGGGCUCACUUGCGAAAAUGUAA